AUGACGAAGACGAAACGACUUUCUAUAAGAAAGAAGAAGAGAACUUGUGUCAAAUCUCUUCAACAUCAACAACAACAAUCGUUUUCUUCUACAAAUUCAAUUAUAAUUGCAGAACCUGACUUUGAGUUUUACUUACCAGAUGAGUGCUGGGAGCAUGUCUUCACAUUCCUCGUCAACCCGGUCAAGCCGGUCAAUCCGUUGGCUAUCAUCAAGCCGUCUAACCCGUUUCAUGUCUUCCCAUUCCCCACUGACCCCGUAUACGGCAAAAUCAAAGACAAAUACAAACGCAAUUUUGAAUCUCUAUCUCUCGUCUCAAAACACUUCCUCGCCCUCACCAACCGUCUCAUAUUUUCUCUCAAAAUAUAUUAUCCACAACUUUUUUAUCUCCCCCGUUUCUUCCAUAGAUUCUCCAACCUUAAUUCCCUUGACCUCUGGUUCGCCUCCCAUUAUCUCGAUGCAGGCCUUGCCUUGGCUCUCCGUGACAGAUCAUCAUUGAGAUCUUUAUCUAUUUCCAUGUUUGAGUUAAAUGAUGCAAAGUAUGUAACUUCUCAUUACAUUGAUUCCUUACUGAGUUUGAAGUGUUUGAAUUCUCUUAAGUUUUGCUGUUCACAAAUCUCGGAUGAUUUGCUUUACUCUAUUGCAAGACAAGGCCUUCCUUUAAAGACUUUUGUUCUUGAAAAUUGCACCGGCUAUAGUUUCCAUGGAAUUUAUGAUUUAUUAUCUAAGUGUCGCGGGAUAAGAUAUUUGGGUCUUCAAGGUGUUGAUUUUCUAAAUAAUCAUCAUGUCUUCCAAUUGUUUUUGCUUGUUCCAGAUUUAGUAUCUAUAAACCUUAGUAAAUGUUCCAAGCUCACAGGAUUAGCUUUGUUCGCCCUCAUUAAAAACUGUCAUUCACUUGGUGAGAUCACAAUGGAAAGCAUAUAUAUUGAAUCCUCAAUGGAAAACAUAUAUAUUGAGAGCAAGAGUGUAGAAAAUUAUGAUAUUUUGAAAGAUUUUGAUGUCAACCCUCAAUUAAAAUUUCUAUAUUUGUCUCAGUCUUCAUUAUAA